CUUCCCCCCCCCCUACCGACCUCGAGUCAGGGUCCAACCAUUUUCCUCUUGUGCGUUUCUUGUCUAUCCGCCCCCCCCCCUUCACAAACACGUGACAGUUGUAUUACUGUGCCACAUAAUCCACACACACUAGCACAUACACACAUAUACAACCUACACAUUUUUGUCCUCUCCCUAGACAAAGCCCGGCUGCUCGCCUUAAAAAACGCCAUGCCCUUGCUUACCUGGACCUGGAACCUUGACCUGUUUGCGCCCUCGAGGGGAUUGUCAGCGCUAACGCCACAAUCCCCUCUCCACUCCCCCCUCCCCAAAAAAAACCUAAUCCACUGA